CACGUCUCCCGGGUUCCGAGGAUACCGCACGCACUGUAACUGCCACGCCGCGGAAAGACGCUAUAGCCAGCCUGCGCAUUUGCGAAUCAGCCGAACAACGAGAGGCGCCACACCCGGGAACAGCAGGCCCGAUAGUCGCCGGACCAUUCGUCUAAAAAGAGAGAGAAUUGUGCAGUUACUUGGAAGGAGCGCCCGUCAGUUUGGUAUUUCGGUAUUUCCGGGCGCUGAAACCACCCGGCCGUGGGAGCGCACCAUCCCGGCAAACCACGGUCUUGGUCCUUGGACCCGGCGCAUAACGGUCGAUCGAGAAACGCGACUCGGGCACCGGUCCAGAUGAGUCAAUUACUGGGGACCAUUCUGGAGGAGUUGGGCAUCGCCCAGUAUCUCGAUGUGUUCCUCCAACAGGGAUUUGACACUUGGGAAACCAUCCUGGACAUUACCGAAUCUGACCUCGAUGCAUUGGGGGUGAAGCUGGGCCAUCGACGGAAACUUCAGAGGCGGAUCGCCAACUCGCGCGGAAUCGCACCCGAGGCAUCCCUAGUGUCGCCGACCCAGUCAUCCGCCGAGGAGCUCAAACUCCAGGAUGCGACCGGCACCGAAGCACCGGCGGCGGAGUGCCGGGAGACGACCGGCGUCACCGUCGCAAAGAGGAAGUACCGGCGGCAUCCAAAGCCGGAUGAGAAUGCACCGGAACGCCCUCCUUCGGCCUAUGUCCUCUUUUCCAACAAGAUGCGCGAAGAGCUCAAGGGUCGCAACCUUAGCUUUACCGAGAUAGCUAAACUUGUUGGCGAGAACUGGCAAAACCUGACCUCGGCCGAAAAGGAGCCCUUCGAGUCGCAGGCCCAAGCCAUCAAGGACAAGUACUUGAGCGACCUCUCCGAGUACAAGAAGACGCCCGAGUACAGAAAGUACAUGUCUUAUCUCCAGGAGUUCAAGGCCAAGCACGCCUCUCCGUCUCAAGACAAGGAUGCCUCGAAAAGAGCCAGGCUCUCCGAGUCUGGCGGCCAAGGUCGAGCCAGCCCCAGCUCGGCUCUGACGAGGACGAGCAGGAGCGGGAGUGGCGCAGAUAGCCGCAAGGGAAGCGAGCCGCCUAUCGCUCGGCAAAGGGUCGAGUCUAUUGCGUCCACGAGCGAUUCUCAGUACACAGGUUCAUUGGCCCCCUCGACGUCCAUCACAUCCCCCGAGGAGUCCCUGCUCUCCCCCGCCGAAAGCCACUCGGAACCUCGCUCACCAACCUUCAACCCCGAUUCGAGGGACCACCCGUCGCUACUUGGACCUCGCCAUUCCAGCCAGGGAGACGAUCAAAUCCGGGAGCAGUUGGGCGCGCGCAAGCACCUCCUCCCGUCUCUCUCCGAUGUGUUCGACCGACAAGGACUCCCCGGAAUGCGGCCUCCGAGCGAACCCAACGGCUAUCCUUUCCCCAUAACCCGCAUUGGUGGCAGCUCGGGCCUUCCGCUCGGCCAAACAGGCCUUGAUGCUCGUUCAGCGCCACUAACUAAUGGGAAUGGUCACGCUUAUGGCGGGAAUUCCUCCUCGGAACCGUCAUCCUUUAGCCAUUCUCGGCCCCAGGCCGACGGCUCCUUACCGAUACACGCCCUCUUAACAUCUAAGCAAGAGCCCACAUUCCACAACCAACAACAACUUUCACAUCACAACUACCCCUACCACCCCGACCCAAAGCCUCCGCUCGUACACCAAGCCCCAAACAGUACAGCUGGUCUUCCCGUAACCAACGGUUACCGCCACCAUCCCCCGUCCCUCCCCCAUGAUCGCCCUCCAGUCAACGGGCACCAACACACCCAAGGCUUCCCCCCACAAACACAAAAGCCUCAGCUACCUGCCACCGGAGUACCGCCGCAAGGGAAGCAGAUUCCAAAUUUUGACGGCAUGAGCGCAUUGCUACAAGCGGGUGAAAUCGUCGAUCGCCGCAUGCAUUAACAUCGAUUUUGUAACGGGCCAUCGCGGUGUUUUGUCAUAUCUACAACUCCUAUUUACCUUGUCGUACAUCUACCUUGUUUAUAUGCAUCAUCUUUGGAUACCCUUGAGCGGUGUGGGCUUUUUUGGACGUUUUCCCUGAAGCUUUUUGACUAUGUAUCAUGUGAGGAUAUGGCGGGUGUCAGCAUUUGUGGGUAAAGCAGAGCGAGAGAGGGAGGGAUCGAGCAAGCAAUCAGGCUACUUUCCCCAGUGGUGGACUGGGUCUUGGACGCAGAUAGAGAGCAACAUGGAGGCUUGUACAGGGAUCAUAUAGGGAUCAAAUAGGAAUACAAGAGAAGCGGGACACUGUGGUUUCCUUCAACUUGUUGGAGCUAAGUUUAGGAGUUGAGUACAUACAACCGGCAAGUCAUCUACCAUCCACCGCAACGAUCAAGGAUAUGGUCUCCCCGA